AUGUUUCAUUCGAACUGGUUUCGUGCAAAAGGACGAUGGGGCCGAGAAAAAACAUGGAAAUUUGAGCGGAUAGAGAUGCUUGGUAGUGGGAGCUCUGCUAUUGUUUGGGUGAGCUAUAAAUCCUCGUUUCCCAUUUCUUCUCUGCGUUUGAAGCAAUGGGCCAAUGGCAUCUCCGAGUCGACUUUGACUGACUUUGACUAUACUAUACUACAGGUUAUAAAACGAAAUGACCUUGGGGAAGGAAACCCGAGAGAAUUCGUUGCCAAAGUUGUUAACAAGAUAUACUGCACUAGUGGCAAGUUGUGGAGUCAUGAGGAGCUGAAAUACAUUGAGCAGGAUGUGAAGAAUGAAGCCAGUUUGCUGGCGAGAAUGCGUCAUAAGAAUGUGUUGAUGUGCUACGGAGCAUUCGAGAACACUACAGAAUGGGUGCUUGUCUUUGAAUAUGCAAGAGGCGGAGAACUCCUCCAUCGCCUGAAGAAGGUCAAAUACUUCAACGAGCAUUGCGUUGUUCACUACGUGAGACAGAUGGUCGAUGCAGUUGCUUACAUUCAUUCCUUAGGUAUCGUGCACAGAGAUCUGAAACCGCAGAAUUUCUUUAUAAAGCAGGCAUACACAGAUGAUUCUCCCUGCACUAAUGACCGAAUUCUACUUGGAGACUUUGAAAUUGCAACCCAGCUUGAAGGAGACAUAAGAAUGAAGCGUUUCUGCGGAUCUUUGGGGUAUAUAGCACCAGAACUGGCACGACUUUAUGUAAAGCAGGUUUUCAAAGAAGACGGGUACGAAAAAGCAUCAUAUUCGAAAUCAGUUGACAUCUGGUCCUUAGGGUAA